UCAUGAUGGAACAGCGGCUCAGUUGGCAAACACGUCAGAAAACUAUUUUCUGAACCAAAAGCUGUAUGAAAACCGCGUUUUUGAAGAUGUUUUUCGUUGUUGGACUCGCACUUGUGAUAUUUCUGUCUACAUUAGAUCCCCUUCAGUCCACCAACCCGAGGGAGAAACCGAAAGCUCCCCCGUUGAACUUCCACCUGUCAGUGAAUGGCACAUCCAAAUCAAUCUUGGUUACCGUGGAGACAGAGAGAGAGGUGAAAAUACGUUGGUGUUAUCAACAUGGAAUUUGUGCCGGAGGGCGUUCUUUAACUUUGAAUCCAGCGAACGCCACAUCCACCCUGCUCCAUCUGCCCCAUGUGCUUCCCUGCAUCUGUGUGCAGGUCUACUACACCAACGCUGAUGCCAAGAGGAAUUCCAUGUGUCCUUUUGUCAACAGUCCUGAUGCUGCCAGAGAUGUUCUGCACUCCUCUGAUGUUGCCCCCUUUGACUCGAGUUUACGGUGGAGGGCGCUGUGUCCUACUAACAAUUUGCAGAUCUCUGCCUCCCUCUGCUGGAUGCAUGAGGCACAACUCUGCACACUUGUGUCCAACUCAACCCUCAAGGGGACGAAAAUCGGCUCAGUCAUCACGUACGACACCUCCUCCGUGGACAAACACCCUCAGAUGUGUCUGCAGUUGUCUCUGCACCAGAGCCAGAGAAACUUCUGCAACUUCACUGCUGACGACUCGACCUGGGAGGCUUCCGCCGAGCCCAGCCAGCGGAGUGUGUCUGUGCACCUCAGGUCGCCCUCCUCAGCAGCCUUCUCAGCGCAACUGUGCGUCCUCCGAAGCGGACGAUGCGCAGCAAGAGGAGCGGUGGUCACAGUCCGGCUGGAAGGAAAGGACACUCUGGUGGUUCCUCUCCACGCUAUAGCAGACAAGCCGUGUGUGCAGGUGUGGCGGUCCGACCCUGCACUCCAGGGGAGGCGGGUUCUGUGUCCGGACUACUCACCCAGCAAACGUAGCCUCUUCGCAGUGGCAGCUCUUUUUGCCUUCACCAUCCUAGUCCUUCUGGUGACUUGUUGCCGCUCUUCUGCCGGCUGCACCGCAGAUUGGUUCCACAUCCAGAAGCCUGUGUUGCUGGUGUGUUCAUCAGAUCAGCUGCCGCAGAUCUCCGCCGUGUGCGCUUUGGCCUCCGUCCUCGAGGGGGAGCUGGGAGCGACGGUACACAUGACUCUGUGGAGCAAAAAUUCCUCAAGCCCAUCAGGAAGUAGAGCUGGAGUGGCCGACCUGGGCCCUCUUCCCUGGCUGUACGGCCAGUGGGAUGCAGUCCAGGAAGCAGAUGGAAGCAUCCUGAUCAUCUGGAGUCCCGAGGCCAAACAGGCGUAUCAGAAAUGGAAGGAGGUGGAGAAGGACAAGUGUGGAGGAGAAGAUGAAGCUACUGACACCGCAGUCAUCAGGCCGGUGUUCACCGCUGCACUCUCCUGCCUCAAGGGGGCGCUACAAGAGAGUAAAUCUCAGCGAGUUUCCAUUGUCUACUUUGAAGGUCUCGGGCACAGGAGGGACAUCCCGAAACUAUUCCGAAGUUUCCCAUGCUUUUGCAUACCGCAGCAUUUCAGUGGUUUACUUCAGGAGCUUGCAGGGACAAGAAGCCACGUGAGCAGCAGGGGGCGCUGUUGGACGAGACUCCUGCUGAAGAUGCUGUCGUUAAAGCUCUCGCGUCAGCUGGAGCGCAGGUUGAAAACGCAAUCGCCUGAAAUUGAUGUUGAAGAAACAGUGGCCAAAACAAAGACUCUCGGAUUCUCGCCUGUUAUCUCGUAUCUCAGCAGGACACGUGUGGAAACAUGA